UACACAUCGUGUAGACAUCUACACAGACAAGAAUUCUCGUACUCGCCGCCAUAUUUUCCUUGCAUACGAGACUCUCUCUCUCCCCCCACUCCCCCACACCCGCGGCAGGUUCGCUGAGUUAUCAUCGCGCAACAAACGGACAGUGUAGGUGACAAACUCUUCUCCCCCGCGCUAGGGUUUUUCAGUAUAUUCAAGAUUUGGCAAAACCUCAGGCUGUACAAUGUACAAGCCAAACAGUCCUGCCCCUGACGGGCGUAGUCAGCCGACGCCGGAAACCCAUCCCCGUCGUGGGUUCCUUCUGCCCCACCAGUACAAGCACCAAACCCCGGCUUUUCGACGCCCUCCGCAUCAACAGCACCACUGGAAACCCCAAGGUACUCCUCACUAUCGUGAUCGACCCCCGGGUCCAUCCCCAGCCCGACCAAACUUCGUCGUGCAGCUGCGAUCGGACGCGCAACUCGUAGUGAAAGAGGUGGAGGCCGAGGCUGUGAUUCAGAAGCUUGAGUUUCAACCGCAGAAAGUAUAUGUUGCUGCGUCUAAUUAUAUUUCGGCUACGCUGUUUUAUGAGCAGUGGAGUGAGGCUCUGGAGACCAUGGUUCAGUUGUGGGAAAUGAAAUUGAAUGAUGAAGGGCAUAAUUUUUGGCCUCUAAUUGUUUGUAACAUUGAUGUGCCCUCUGAUAAGGCUGAAUUGGACGAUCGGUUGAAGGUGCUGUUUUUGGAGAAAUUGAAGGGGUUGAAAGAGGGGGAUUUGGUGGGGAAGUUGCUGAAGAAAUUGGGGAGUGUGGUGGAUGAGAUUAAGAGGAUUUCUGAUUCGUUGAAGAGACCACUGAGGUUAGGCACUGCUGAUGCGCUGUUGAGGAAAAGGAAAGGUCUGGAGGGUGAGAGAGACUUGAUCUUGAACAGGAUGCAGGAGUUCAAGAGUGGAGUUAAAUGUAUUGAAAAUUAUUUGGAGAAUGUGGAAAAGAAUGAAGAGCCAGAUACUCCAGUUUUUCGCUUUUCCGGUGGAGAGAUUGACUGGGGGAGGAUUUACAGGUUGAUGAUGAGGGAAUGUAGGAGGCUUGAUGAUGGAUUGCCAAUUUAUGGCUAUCGACAGGACAUCCUAAAGCAAAUUCAUAGCCAACAGGUCACGGUGCUGAUCGGCGAGACUGGUUCGGGAAAGAGCACACAGUUGGUUCAGUUUCUUGCUGAUUCUGAAGUUUCUGGCCAGCAGUCUAUUAUUUGCACGCAGCCAAGGAAACUCGCCGCCAUUUCAUUGGCAGAAAGGGUUAAAGAGGAAAGCUGGGGCUGUUAUAAAAAUACUUCAGUCAGCUGUUGCCCAUCAUAUUCAUCUGAUCAGGAGUUUCAUUCGAAGGUGAUAUUUAUGACUGAUCAUUGCUUAUUGCAGCAUUACAUGAGUGAUAAACAACUUUCUGGGAUUUCAUGCAUUAUUGUGGAUGAGGCUCAUGAAAGAAGCUUAAAUACAGAUCUCCUUCUGGCUUUGGUCAAGAAUCUACUGUGUCAGAGGCCAUGUCUCAGGCUUAUAAUUAUGUCCGCAACUGCAGAUGCAGACCAGUUUGCUGACUACUUUUUUGGUUGUAGAACUUUGCAUGUGGCUGGCAGAAACUUCCCUGUUGACAUUAGAUACAUACCUUGUGAAUCUGAUGGAUCUUCAAUUUUAAAAUUAAUGCCUUCAUAUGUUCUUGAUGUUUUGAGGAUGGUAACUGAGAUCAACAAAACUGAGGGGGAAGGCACUAUACUUGCAUUCUUGACCUCACAGAUGGAAGUAGAAUGGGCUUGUGAGAAGUUUCAAGCUAUCUCUGCUAUUGCAUUGCCUUUACAUGGAAAACUUUCUUAUGAGGACCAACGUCGGGUAUUCCUGACCUAUCCAGGAAAGAGAAAAGUUAUAUUUGCCACCAAUGUCGCUGAGACAUCAUUGACAAUCCCAGGCGUCAAGUAUGUGGUUGAUUCUGGAAUGGCAAAAGAGAGUAGAUAUGAACCAGGUACAGGCAUGAAUGUUCUCAGGGUUUGCAAGAUCAGCCAGAGCUCUGCUAAUCAACGAGCUGGUCGUGCUGGGAGAACUGAACCAGGAAAAUGUUAUAGGCUCUACAUGGAAAGUGACUUUGAGUCAAUGCUGCCUCAUCAGGAACCAGAAAUUCGUAAGGUGCAUCUCGGUGUAGCAGUUUUGAGAAUUCUUGCAUUGGGCAUCAAGGAUGUACGGGAAUUUGACUUUGUUGAUGCACCUAGUGUUAGUUCUAUAGAUAUGGCUAUCAGAAAUCUUAUCCAAUUAGGAGCUAUUGUAGUGAAAAAUGAUGUUAUCGAGUUAACUGCAGAAGGGUGGCAGAUGGUCAAGUUGGGUAUUGAGCCUCGGCUUGGUAAAAUAAUUCUACAAUGCUUCUGCCAGCGCUUGGGUAGGGAGGGUCUUGUUCUUGCUGCUGUAAUGGCAAAUUCUAGUAGCAUCUUUUGCAGAGUUGGUACAGAGGAGGAUAAGUUGAAAUCUGAUUGCCUUAAGGUCCAGUUUUGUCAUCCUAAUGGUGAUCUCUUCACAUUGCUUGCAGUUUAUAAAGAGUGGGAGGCUGUGCCAUGGGAAAAGAGAAAUAUUUGGUGUUGGGAGAAUAGCAUUAAUGCAAAGUCCUUGAGGAGAUGCAAGGACACUGUGCUAGAACUGGAAGCUUGCCUUAAAAAUGAACUAAAUAUCAUCGUGCCAAACUAUUGGUAUUGGAAUCCCCAAAUAUGUUCUGAACAUGAUAAGAAUUUGAAAAAUAUAAUACUCUCUGCACUGGCAGAAAAUGUGGCUAUGUACUCUGGGUAUGAUCAGCUUGGUUAUGAAGUGGCAUUAACGAGGAAACAUGUUCAAUUGCAUCCUUCAUGUUCUUUGUUAAAUUUUGGUCAUAGGCCAGCGUGGGUGGUUUUUGGGGAAAUUCUUUCAGUAUCCAAUGAGUAUCUGGUCUGUGUCACUGCAUGUGACUUUGAAUAUUUGUCAUUACUUUGUCCUCCUCCAAUGUUUGAUUUCUUGAACAUGGCCAGUCAAAAGUUGCAAAAGAGGAUUUUGUCCGGGUUUGGAAGUGUACUGCUAAAAAGGUUUUGUGGGAAAUCUAACAGCAAUUUGCGCCUUGUUGUUUCAAGUAUCAGGGACUCAUGUGAGGAUGAACGGAUAGGUGUGGAAGUUAAUGUUGACCUAAAUGAGGUACUUCUUUAUGCUACUUCAGGAGACAUGGAGAAAGUAUGUGGUUUAGUGAGGGAAGGCUUGGAGUAUGAAAAGAAGUUGUUGGAAAAUGAAUGCUUGGAGAAGUGCUUAUACAAUGGAGGACCCACGGUCUUACCCUCAAUUGCGCUCUUGGGAGCUGGUGCUGAGAUAAAACACCUGGAACUUGAGAAGAGAUAUUUGACUGUUGACAUAUUCCAUUCAAACAUUAAUGAGCUCGAUGACAAGGAGCUCCUGGUUUUUCUGGAGAAAUUUACCUUAGCGCCUGUUUGUGCCUUUAUCAAGUUCUCGGGUUUUAAUCUAGACAACGAAGAGAAGGGCAAGUGGGGGAGGGUGACAUUUCUCACACCUGAUGCUGCCAAGAAGGCCGUUGCCUUGGAUCAGGUUGAGUUCUGUGGUGGGUCAUUGAAGGUAGUUCCUUCUAGAAACAUUUGUAGUGGUGACCACAAAAUGAUGUCAUUUCCUGCUCUUAGAGCCAAAAUCUUAUGGCCUCGUAGGUACAGCAAAGGUGUUGCAAUUGUGAAAUGUGAUGCAAAGGAUGUUGCUUUUAUUGUCAAUGAUUUCUCUAAUCUAGUAAUUGGGGGCAGGCUUGUUUGGUGUCACCCAAGUACAAAGUUUACAGACGGUGUGCUAAUUACUGGAAUUGACAGGGAACUUUCUGAAGCUGAUGUAUUUCAGGUGGUAAGUGCAGCAACUAAUAGGCGGAUCCUUGAUUUCUUUCUGGUGAGAGGAAAUGCAAUAGAUAAUCCUCCACUUGUUGCUUGUGAAGAAGCAAUUCUGCGACAAAUUUCUCCCUUUAUGCCUAGAAGGAAUGCACAGGGUAAUAGUGUCCGUGUUCAGGUAUUCUCACCAGGACCCAAGGACAGUUUCAUGAGAGCAGCAAUUACUUUUGAUGGAAGUUUGCAUUUGGAGGCAGCUAAGGCCUUGGAGCAAAUUGACGGGGAAGUAUUAUCUGGAUGUCAGCCGUGGCAGAAAGUACAAUGUCAGCAAUUGUUUCAUAGCUUUGUGUCGUGUCCUGCUCCUGUUUAUCUUGUUAUUAGUAAACAGCUAGAUUCUUUGCUUGCAAGGCUCCGGCGACAAAAGGGUGUAGAAUGUAACCUGGAGAGAAACCAGAAUGGUUCUUAUCGAGUAAAGAUAUCUGCCACUGCUACGAAAACUGUGGCAGAGUUGAGAAGACCUCUGGAGCAGCUCAUGAAAGGGAAGAUUAUACAACAUCCUGAUAUAACUCCUGCAGUGCUUCAGAUUCUUUUUUCACGAGACGGAGUCAUGCUUAUGAAAUCCAUUCAGCGAGAGUCAGGGACCCACAUUAUUUUUGAUAAGCAUAACAUGGUUUUGAGAGUCUUUGGUUCUCCAGAAAAGAUUGAUGUUGUACAGGAGAGCCUUGUCAAAGCACUUCUUGCUCUAUAUGAAGGCAAGCAACUUGAGAUCCGACUUCGUAAUGGAGUUUUUCCUCCAGAUAUGAUGAAGAGAGUUGUUCAGCAUUUUGGACCUGAUCUUCAUGGGCUUAAAGAGAAGGUGCCUGAGGCGGAGUUAUCUUUAAAAGCGAGUCGCCACUGCAUAUCUAUUGUAGGCACCAAAGAAUCAAAGCAAAAAGUUGAAGACAUAAUUAAUGAUCUUGCACAAACAACUGGACUACAUAGUCCAUGUAAUAAUAAUGAUGCUGCAUGUCCUAUUUGUUUGUGCGAACUGGAGGACCGUUACAUGCUUGAAGGCUGUUGUCACAUUUUCUGCCGUUUAUGCUUGGUUGAGCAGUGUGAGUCUGCAAUCAAAAGUCGCGAUAGUUUCCCAUUGCAGUGUACAAAAGAGGGUUGCGGGACUCCUAUUCUGCUUACCGACUUAAGAUCUUUGCUGUCUGGUGAGAAAUUAGAGGAGCUUUUUCGGGCUUCCUUGGGUGCAUAUGUCACAGGUAGUCGGGGCACCUAUAGGUUUUGCCCUUCACCCGACUGUCCUUCAGUUUACCGGGCAGCGGAUCCUGAUGGGCCUGGUGGACUCUUCGUCUGUGGUGCAUGCUUUGUGGAGACAUGUACUAGGUGCCACCUGGAGUAUCAUCCAUACCUGUCAUGCGAGAAGUAUCGCGAGUUCAAAAAUGAUCCAGAUUCUUCUCUAUUGGAGUGGUGUAUGGGAAAAGAUAAUGUGAAGAAGUGUCCAGGUUGUGGGUUCAUAAUUGAGAAAGGGGAAGGGUGCAACCACAUCGAGUGUCCGUGUGGACACCAUGUGUGCUGGGUCUGCUUGGAUUUCUUUGCGAGCAGCAAUGAAUGCUACAGCCAUUUGAGGUCUGAACAUGCGGCAUUUAUUUGAGUUUUUAUCUAGCAAUUUAUCAUGAUUAUCUGUAUAUAUACCAUUUAUCAUGUUUUUGGCCCUACACGUUUUCACAUUAACGUGCACUUGUGCCUGGUAGAGAGUAGAAUUGACCUGCAGUAGGUGCCUUUGUACAUAUUUGUGGAGAGAACUGAAAUACUCCUUGCAAUAUAGAUUGACCAAUGCAUCUGUGAGCAUAUGGAAGCCAUGUUAGUUGAGUCUGUUUCA